CUCACAGAAGAGGCGAUCACCAGGUAACAUUUUUCUCGAAGAAGAAAACCUCUGCAAUUUCUAAGUUAACUUUUACCACGCUUGUUUUUAUCGGGAGUUUGGAUUUGUGAUAUGAAAUCAAACCGGCGAAUGAUCUACGAAUUAGGUGGAAUUAAGUAAAACUGUAAAACUCAUCUGCAUAAUUCUUGGUCAUUUUACUGCACAACACUUCGAAUUAUGUCGCAAACACCACGGCUCGAAAUCGGAAACAGGAAGUUUAUGAAGAUGCUGCGGCACUAUCUUUACGCAGCUAGCAUUACAGACUCCGGUCACGCAGCGUUUUUACAGAUUCUUCGAACGUCGCCGGAAACAGACGACGAGUGGGAUUCACCGUUUCCAGUUUUCAACCAGCGACCAUCAUCGGCGCGAACAGCAGUCGCGGAUGACGGUGGUCCUGAUGGUAUCCGAAGAAUAAAUCUACUAAAAGAGUUUGACGAAGUUGCGGACUCUCCGGCCAGCACAAAUCAAAAGCAAAAGAAUGGAGCUGGCGCGGGGCCCGUCGUGUCCCCAGGUAAUGAUGACAACAAAGGCAGCCCGCAGCCAGGUGCGCAGAGCACGGGUGCAGCUGCGUCCAGCUCUACUGUAGGUGAUCAUGGUUGGCGCGACCAGACCCCCAGCCCCAGGAACAAGCGGCGGCCCGACAGCCCGCCCCCGCCCCCGGGGCGCCGGGACCGAUCUGAUAUUGGGACCACGACCAGCAACCGCUUCGCCCUAAGUCCUCCGAGUCCGGAGCACGGAGGUGCUGAUGCAGCGGAAGGUGUUGCUACGAGUCCCGGCGACGAUAAAACGGACGUGACUACGGCCCGACAGAUACCCAGGCCGAAGCAACUUUUUGGCGACGACAACGUGGAAGAACCUGAUGUCGGCGUCGAGACGAAAACUACAGAAGCAAAAUUAUUUCCGGAUGAAAUCAACACUGCACCAGCCACAGCUUCCGCCACCACCGUGAGCGGAGGGUCGAAAGGAAAGGGCAAACGUGUUCAAUUGAUGCGGAGCCUGUCCCCCGAAGACCGAAAAAAAACUGACAGGAAGAGCUACCGCAAGACGCCUGGGGAGAGAAAAGAAAAACGGAAGCAGGGUCGUAAGGGGAGGUCACCGGGCAAAGGAAACAAAACCACCAGCCCGGGUAGUUCUGGUUCUCGUGGCGCACCAUCUUCGGACGAUUCGCUAGCUUCUCCUUCCGUUGGCCCGAAGAGGUCACCAGAGGUUCAGAAGGCCAGCGAAGACGAAGCCAAUGUCGUGGACGUUUCUCGACGUCCGAUCUUUCCAGCAGAGAUUGAAGGAGACAAGACCGCGGGCAGCCAAGAUGCUGAAAAUACUGUUGAAGCUAGUCCUUCUAAUGAAGAUGUUAUCGCUGUGCCCUUUUGCGUCGGUAGUGUCGGCGGGCAAACAGGCACCGGAGCGGCGGCUGAGCGGUUUUUCUCUUUCACACUGCCCUUGACUCGGGCCCUAUGGAGCGAAAAAGGUCUGUCACAGUCUCUAACUUGCAGGUUUUGCAUCACAAAUUUUUUCAGCAUCGCAACUUUUCCUUAUAUUGCGGAAAUAGUAGGGAAAUAUGGUAUGAAGUUUGACUGUGAUGCAUUCAUUUUUUUACGCAUGACAGACAUUGCAAAAAUGCCCAUGAAUGAUCGUGACGAGCUUUUCUUCUUUUGAUACGCGCAGAUUGAAGCGCAGCUGGCGAUGCACGGCAUCAGAUACAUUGAGACGGUGCGUGACCUAUCAAUUGCAAAUAUGUCUGGGUCUCAAAGAAUGCAACUUGUGAUGCUAACGCGGGACAACUUCUCGAAAAAAAAUUGUAUUGCAAGAGCAGCAAGUAGAGGAGUGCGGUCUCUGCUCGCUGGACAGAGCAUUUACCAUGCGAGAUAGGAGGCUGCAUCAAAACGCUUUCAAAAAAUCUGUCAUGCUUUCGCAUACAGCACAGACACCAUCGGCCAUGCAAAAUGUGCAUGAUCGCAUUCAGGGGAAGUUCGGUGGUUUAUUAUCUGCUCCUCGGAGCGGGUAAAAUAAAUGUGGCGUAACUUGCUAUUUCCUGCGGAGAACAGCAAGGUGAAAAAUGUAAAUGUGCAUGACAAAUAAGAACUUGGAAAUCUUCCAGACCCGGAUCGAUAUUUGCAUUUUAUACCGCCAAGAACACCCGGACUAUUUUCACAAGUGUAAGUGGACAAACAGAAUCCGGGUGUUGCUGAACACCUACAAGUAUGCUCUGCAAAAGUAUCGUACUCGUAUAAAUGCAUGACAAAUUCCCUCAGCAUGAGAAAUAAAAUUUGUAAUGCGGAUCACCUUGAGAAAAAAAUCUGUAAUGCAUGACUGCAAUUACUACGAGUGCGAUACUUUUGCACAGGAUAACAAGCCGGUCCCGGGCGGAGAUAGUGGUGAAGAAUACUUGGUUCCUAUCACAAGGAAAAAUCCCCCCUCCCCAUAUCAAAAGGAAGUUUCUGAUGCUGGAUCUGCGUAUACAAAUCAGGUUUGUCUUGCAGUGGAGGAAAGCAGGCUCCUGCCAAGCCUGAGUAGAGAGCUAUUGGCCUAGGCGCUCAGCAUGAGAAACGUCUAUGCUGUAGGCCCAAGAGCAUCACAAGCCACCUGCAUAAUGCGGCAGAGCCUGUGGAGUUGUCUUCUUGCAAGACAGACGUGAUUUGUGGCCUCAAAUCAGCAAGACAAAUUUUCGGAAGCAUACCUUUUCGAUAUGGGGAGGGGGGAUUUUUCCUCUCAAUAGUUCCGAAAGACCUGCUGGAUAUGACCGACGAAGCUUUGGAAAAAGAAAUCACGGUGGAAACGCUGGCAAAACUCCGCGCGAUAUUCUGUGUAAAAACAUCCCCACCCCAGAGUUGUCAUGCAGAUCUGCAAGCACAAGAGCAUUUGUAAUGCGCAUCCCCAUGAUAGGCAUUUCCGAUCGUGUUUUGGAACUUGUAAUGCUCUAAACAGGAUAGGCACAUGGAUUUGUCAUGCGACUUCCCUGGCUAAACUGCACUACACUACAGCCUGCAGUUUGUCAUGUGGGGCUUCCAAAACUUCAAGGUUUGUGUUGCAAAAUCCCAAUCUUGACUCUGGGUUGGGGACGUUUUUCCUUAGGAUACGCGAAACACGAGAAUAUCACGGUGUUUAAAGUAGUAGAAUCUGACGAAAAUCCUAUCCCGGAACUCUCGGACUUCGGCGGCAAAAUCGACAUGGGAGUUAAAAAUGUUGCGCACCGCCGCCGAGAGUGGCCGUACCCGAUUCCGAAAAAGGCUGGCAAAGCGAUUGCAGACAUCGGGAACGAGUUUGUUACACGUCUGUUUCCUCACGAAGAGGGGGGUGCUCCGUGGCGUUGGAUGAACGUUUUCGAUUUGACGCUCGGUGAUGCAGAAACAGGUUUCCGUUUGACUGAAAAGGCACGAGCUAAACUACAACAAGACGUGGCCACGGUUGUUCACGAAUUUUGGGACUCGGGGGUACUCACCUUGCACCCAAGCGUCCGGGCGCAGUACCAUUCGGCGCCGAUGGUCGACGCCGACCUAUAUUGUAAGGAAAAAUCCCACCUCCCCAUAUCGAAAAGGUAUGUUUCCGAAAAUUUCUGUUGCUGAUUUGAGACCACAAAUCACGUCUGUCUUGCAAGAAGGCAAGUGUAGAGGCUUCCGCGCCAUUAUGGAAGCGCUUUGGCAUGCUGUUGCGCCUAGGGGGCAGCCGUUUGCAAUGCUAAGCAACUAGACCCAAACGCCCCUACCUAGGCCGAAGAUCUGGCUGCGCUGCCUUACUACAAGACAAAUCGGAUUUGUGUACGCAAAUCCAGCAUCAUAAAUUUCGUUUUGAUAUGGGGAGGGGGGAUUUUUCACUGCAAUAACCUAGUAGAGAAGAUCUACCGAGUCACCCCGGAGUUCGGAAAGGACGCUGGUGCGGCUUUUUCUGAAAAGCACAAAGUUGAGUUGCGCGUGCUUCGGGGUGGCACGGGAUAUCAAAAUUCUCGUUACUUCGAAAUUCGGAUUCAGUCGAAGGCGAAUUGGGUCGUUCUUUCCGAUAAAGAUGGUGCCGGCGGUACUGGCAGCAGCAGCAGCAGCGCCCCUGCUGAGAAGUCGAAAGCGAUUCCUAAGUACGCACUGGCUUUCCGGUUCCGCACCGGGUUUGACUCCGAGGGGCCGUUCAUUUACAUGGAGGACGUGUAUUUUGCGGCCAAUCACGUCGUCAAGAAGGACGCUGCGCAGGCCUACCUGUUUCCCUACCAUUACGCACUGGUGGAAGAAGAUUUCCGUCCUCUGCGUCACAGAAAAGGCGUGUCGCUGGUGGAGAGCGAUGGAACGGUGUUUACUGCCGGAUCUUUCUUUGGGAAGCCGGGGUAUCAAAUGCAAAAAUGUCUGGGUCUGGAAGAUUGCGAGACUUGGUGUCAUGCUAGUCUAGCAUGACUCUGCACUCUGUAUUGCGUGGCCACCAACAGGUCGUCUUGCCUGUCAUGCAAAAGCGCAGUCUCUCAUGCGAAAUACGCAUCACAGAAUUACGAAAAAACUUGUCAUGCUUGGCGGCGCUGUUCUGGUCUUGCGGCCCUGUUCUGGAUCGGGUUGGGACCCCGUGCGGCUGAAGGCUAUCCAGAACCUUCUGCCUCUGCGCCUUUGUGUUUAUUUUCUAGCUACUAAUAUUCGUAUGACUUUUCGUUCGUGCAACUUCAUGAGUAAUUACGUCACAUGAUGAUACGUUCGUAACCUUCUGCAUUGCUCCUCCCUCGAGGUGCAUAGCAAGGUAAAUCCUUCUUCAACUCAUAACUCUGACAAACAUGUUUUUUCUCGUUUUCUAUAUUUUUCUACAUGUUUAUGCUAACGGAAAUAAGAUACUACUAGUACUAUCGGCUUUCGUGCCACCGGGACGUCCUGCCCGUAGACCACCAAUGUCAUGCUUGGCGGCGCAUUACAGAGCACUUUAUUGUCCACGGACUUGCGUCACAAGUUUCCAGACCCAGACAUUUUUGCAGUUGAUACGGGGACAAACUUAUUUGUGGGGUCGUUCAGUAUGAUAUCGAUUGGAAAUCAAAGAACAUGAUGUUGUACUUCAUCGAUGUGUACUAGCUCACGGUAACUUCCUUUUGUUCUCGACGGAGGGCAAAAAGCUGUAUCUGCAUCCAUAUGAAAAAUUCUAGCUGAUCUGUUCAAAUCAGCUGAAAAGCGCGAGGUGCUCACGCUCCUAUCAGUUUUUUUGCAUAAGCAGAGGAGACGGAACUCAGCCUGUACAUAGGCCAAGUCUAUCAGCAGGGCAAAACGAUAUUUUUUCACAUCGUGAGUUGCAAAGUACUUAAAAAGAAAAACAGACGAGACUAGGAUCAAUAUUACCAGAUUUUUCAUCGCACUUGGAUGAAGGUUCUUUGCAAUGUGGAUAGGCGGAGCAAUUGCAGACUCUGCAAGACAAGCAGCACGCGGGUUGGAAAAUUCAGGACGUUAUCAAGCUGGGAGAUGAUAUUCAUCCAUUUCGAACCAAAUCGGAGAAACCCCUGAUGGACUAUCCGCCGGGGUUUGUGCAGGUCGAUGUGACAACACUGGGUCAUUCUCUUAAGCUAUCCUGAGUAAAAACGUACCCACACCAGAGUUGUCAUGCAGAUUUGCAAUGACAGGAACAUUUGUAAUGCGCAUCGCCAGGAGAGGCAUUUCCAAUCGUGUUUUGGAAUUUGUGUUGCUGUGAACAGGAUGAGCCGAUGAAUCUGUGAUGCGGCUGCACUUGCUAACCUGCACUACACUGCAGAGUGCAACUUGUCAUGCGUGACUCACAAAGCUCCUAGGUUUGUGUUGCAAAAUCCCCAUCCUGACUCUGGUGUGGGUACGUUUUUACUCAGGAUAUAAGCACGUCUAUUUCAAAACCGGAUCACCGGCGGAUGAGAGCUAUUCUGUAUGAAUCAGUUGAAGAGAACGAAUAGACUCAACAUUCUCUUUGGCACAAGUUUUGAAAGGGAAUUUAUUUACACAUUCAAUGAGUUGCUCAUUGAUCAGGCGCAGUCUGUGACAGAGAGAGCUGCGCACCCCCCGAACUACUACGCUGAUAUAUUUUAUCUACAGUCUUGAGCUUGACCCCGCAGUUGGGUACAUCAUCAUCGUCAUCAAUUUAUUCAACUUUUUUGGUUUUCCGUUUCCUUGUUAGGCUUCAGUAUGCAAGACCGGGAUUUAUGCAUCAUAGUAAAGACUCAACUUUUUUUGGUUUCCGUUUCCUUGUUAGGUUUUCAGUAUGCACGACAGGGAUUUUUUGUAUCGGUUCCACUGUCAACAUCUAUCGUGUAGGCGUUGAUGAACAAUUAUACGGGCGGCAGUAGUCGUCCGUGAAACGAAAGAACUUCCAGAAAAUAAGCGUGAAAUAAAAUCCACAUAUAAAAAGUACAACAUUUCGCACUCUUACACUUCCUGAUCAAGCACCCGAAGAUGAACAUGGCACUUGCAGGAGUUCGUUGUACCGCUGGUCGAUAUAAUUCCAGAACAAUUUUGUAACUGCUAACACGGGGUAAAAUAUCGCAAGACGAGCAGCACCUGUAGAUCUGGGGUCGGAUCGAGAGAACGAGCAAGGACGCAUCAGAUAAAGCGUUGAAAAUAAAUCUUGAGCGGCCACUACUUGUACUAGAGGGCCUCAAGAACAAC